AUGGCUAAAGCCGAACAAUUUGCCUUUCAAGCUGAGAUAUCACAGCUUAUAUCAAUUAUUAUUAAAACUUUCUACUCAAAUAAAGAGAUUUUCCUUUGUGAAUUAAUUUCUAACGCUUCAGAUGCUUUGGAUAAGAUUCGAUAUGAAUCACUUACUAAUUCUUCAAAACUUGAUAACGGGUACGACCUUUAUAUCCAAAUUAUUUCUGAUAAAAAAAAUAACGUUCUUAUGUUACGGGAUACUGGAAUUGGCAUGACCAAGGCCGAACUUGUGAAUAAUCUUGGUACUAUUGCCCGUUCAGACCGUGUUCAAGUGAUCACAAAGCACAAUGACGAUGAACAGUAUAUUUGGGAAUCGUCAGCCAGUAAAUCAUUCACCAUCGCCAAACAUAAGAUUAAAGAGGUUGUAAAGAAACACUCCGAGUUCAUUGGCCACCCAAUCCAACUUAUUGUUGAAAAGGAAAUUGAAAAUAAUGUUAAAGAGAGGAUAAAGACGUUAGAAACCGAAGUGUUAAAUAAAAUUAAACCUAUCUGGAAAAGAAAUUCUGAUGAUAUUAAACAUGAAGAAUAUGCUGCAUUCUACAAGUCUCUAACUAAUAAUUGGGAGGAAUAUUUGGUCGUUAAGCAUUUCUCCGUCAAAGGUCAACUAGAAUUCAGAGCGAUUCUAUUCGUACCAUGUCAUGCUCUAUUCGAUCUCUUUGAAACCAAGAAAAAACGCAAUAACAUUAAAAUUUACAUAUGCAGCGUCUUUAUUAUGGAAGAUUGUAAAGAUUUAAUUCCUAAAUAUCUUGACUUCAUAAGAGGAAUAGUUGAUUUAGAAGAUCUACCAUUUAACAUUUCUCAAGAAAAACUUCAACAUAACAAGAUUCUUAAAGUUAUUUGUAAAACUAUAGUGAAAAAAUGUUUGGAGCUGUUUUCUGAGAUUGCUAAGGACAAAGAAAAUUUCACAAAAUUCUAUGAGGCUUUUGCCAAAAAUAUUAAGCUUGGAAUUCAUGAAGAUUCUCAGAAUCGGUACAAGUUAGCCGAAUUUCUUCAUUAUUAUUCCACAAAAUCCACUGAUGAACUUACCUCUCUAAAAGAUUAUAUUACACGUAUGCCAGAAAAACAAAAAGAUAUUUACUACAUUACAGGAGAAAAUCGCCAAGCUGUUGAGAAUUCGCCAUUUUUUAAGGUAUUAAAAAAACGAGAGUAUGAGGUCUUAUUUAUGACAGACCCUAUCGAUGAAUACUCUGUUUCACAACUUAAUGAAUACGAAGGUAAGAAACUUGUAUGCAUCACAAAAGAAGGGCUUGAGAUUGAUGAAGAUGAUGAAGAGAAGAAAUUGCGUGAAGAAGAAAUUAAAAAUUAUGAUUAUUUGUGCAAGCAAAUUAAAGAAAUUCUUGGUGAUAACGUUGUAAAGGUUCUUGUAUCAAAUCGUAUUUCAGUGUUGCCAUGUGUUCUUGUAACUGGACAAUACGGUUGGUCUGCCAACUUUGAACGUAUCAUGAAAGCUCAGGCAUUACGUGAUUCUAGUAUGAAAUCAUAUAUGUUAUCUAAAAAGAUUUUGGAAAUUAAUCCAUAUCAUUCAAUCAUUAAGUUACUUAAAACUAAAGUUGAGGCCGAUAAGAAUGACAAGAUUGCUAAAGACCUUAUAUGGCUUCUUUUUGAAAUAUCACUUGUACAUUCUGGUUUUAGUUUGGAAGAACCUUCAAUAUUAGCCAACAGAAUUUUCAAGAUAAUUCAAUUAGGACUUGAUAAUGGAUAUUAA